AAGCGCCGCUUCCUGAUGUGGAUGCAGUUUCUGAGAAGGCACCGUCGGUCCUAUUUCACUGCAACACCUGGCUUAUUCCAGCCCUAUAAUACAGCUACGCUUUCCCCCUACAUGGCGAUGGCGGACGACACGGAGGAUGUGGAGCUGGACUUUGCUGCUGACGAGCAGGAGAGGGCGCGGAGAAGCGCAGUCAUAAGACACCCCCUCGCCUCCUUCUUCCACCUGUUCUUCCGUGUGGUUGCCAUUGUCUCAUAUUUGCUCUGCGACUGGAUCAGCGAGAACUUCGCGCCCUGUUUCGUCCUGAUCAUCACCCUGCUCUCUUUUGACUUCUGGUCGGUGAAGAAUGUGACCGGCCGGCUGUUGGUGGGGCUGCGUUGGUGGAAUCAGAUCGACGAUGAUGGAAAGAGCCUCUGGGUGUUUGAGGCCAAAAAAUCUUCUCGGGGCAACAACACGGGGACAGAGGCAGAGGCGAGGAUAUUCUGGCUGGGUCUCAUCAUCUGUCCUAUCAUAUGGAUAUUCUUCUUCUUCACCUCCCUCUUCUCCCUGAAGAUUAAAUGGCUGUCACUUGUGGUGGCGAGUAUUUCCCUCCAAGCGGCAAAUCUCUAUGGUUACCUACGCUGCAAGGCGGUGGGAGAGGACGGCCAGCCUCCAGACACCGGCUCUUUCACGGGACAGCACCUCCUGCAGCGUCCAGACAUCAUCUUCGGGAUACUGUGAAGACUACCUCCUGCACCCACGCAGCCCACUCUGCUCUGCUUUUCUGUUUUGUUUUUUAUUUUUGUAUUUUCUUCAUGUGUGAUGGAGACAAGACGGGUGGGUGGGAUGGAUGGAUGGAUGGAUGGAUGAGGGGCUGCCUCGUCCUCCAAAGUGUCCACAAGCUGCAUCUCCCUUGCACGGCCGUGUGCCCUGUGCAUGCCUUAUGCUGCUGACUGUUCACUUCACAUGUUGUUCGUGGAUCAGUCAAUGUCAAUAAAAGAUAAGUGCAUUCUACAAAU